CCUUAAAAAUCUCUUGUACUUGUGUCAGGGCCAAUGAAAUGGAAAAAAAUCAUGCAAACACCAAAGCAAGCCAUGAGACAUUUUGUGAAAUUACGUGUUUGAAGUUUUCCGCUAUCGCAAAAAGUUUUUUUUUUGUUGCUUGCCUAAAAUGCGGAAAUAACGACGAAAACCGUUAAAGGACGUUUAUAGAUGCGAAGACUACGGGCAUCUGAAAGUGUUACAAUUUUGCAAUCAAACCAACAGUGAAGUAAGUGCUGUUGAUUGAAAAUCCCGGAGUGUAGAGCUUGUGAAUGAAAUUGCUGGCGUGAAAAGACGAAACCGUCGUUUAAACUACAGAACUUACGAUAUUUAAGGACGAUAAUAGGUUCAUUAUUCAUCCAAUCAUUUGAGUGGUGCCAUUCGAACCUGAUACUUGCAUUUUAUAAAAAAAAAAUGAAAUAAUUCGACAUUGAACCAGGAUAGUAGCGCUAGUAGUUUUAGCAGUGAACCGAAUAUCUAGGUUAUAUGGCGUUUCGAAGUUUAACUUUCUGCUGCCCCAAAGUGCAAAAUGUUUGGAACCUAGUAAUUUGACAAUAUCAUGGUAUGUGGUUAGUAAAUUCUGAAUAUAUUUUUUUUAUUCUUUGUCAGUUAUGAAACGGCAGAAAUCAUGAAGACACCAAAGCAAGCCAUGAGUAAUUUAGUGAAUUUUCGUGUUUGAAGUUUUCCGCUAUCGGAAUAAGUUUUUUCCUGCAUGAAAGAAAUUACGGUGAAAUCCUUAAAAAACGGUUUCGAAAUUUGAACUAAAGAACCGAUCUUUUGCCCACUCAAACCAUAAUCACCAUGAACAGUAGUUAUCAAAACGUUUUCGGACAAAAGUCGUCGUCUGUGCCCUAUAAAAAGUUAUCUGCGAAGGAAAGCUUUGAGCGCAGAACUAAGCUAGAAAGCGAAGACAGAACAGUCCGCUGGAACGAGCAAAAGGGAGUUUGAACAAUUAAAAAAGUGAAAGGAUAAUGCUAUUGGCACAACCGACGUGCUGAGAAUUUCGAAAAAUAAGCUGCUCCUACGCCCAGUAUCGCUGUUCCGGGUUCUAUACUAGACAAUGCUCAAGAACUUCGCCGAACCUAUCUUGUCGAAUAAAUAGCUCGGGCAGUUUGUAUCUUUCAGACGGAUAAAAUUAUUAUUAUCGAUGACUGUGGAAGCUCUUACGAGGCUACGGACAGAAUGGGUACGAUUGAUACGGCACAAGGAAGCACUUCUGCUAGACGCUGCUGUGUACAAUAGACUCGAAAUCUGCAAUAUCUUGAAUGCCCGCAAUAUCCACGCAAAUCUAUUUUUCCAAUGCAUACACUCAAACACUACGGAUAGGUGAAUCCACUGGACUCGCAUCAUCAUCUGCGGCAGGCCAGCGAGUUGGAGUUCUGCGGAAGAAUUGUGAAUUGUGGAAGAGAAAAAGGUUCAUCAGAUUCUCUGCAAGGAAAAAACUGAAAUUCGUGGUCGUUUUCGGCGGGGUUUUUGGUCUGGGGCCUGCGCUGGUAAAAUGACGUUAAAUUAAAUGUGGAUAAAGUGGAGCUCCUUUUAGAUCAUUAUGUUAACACAGUCCCUGGGCAAGGGUCUAGAACCGUGCGUACAGAGGAAGCGGUUCUGAUUAUUUUGGCUGCACUUGGAGAGAAGCUUGACCCAACGAACCAUUCGAAGAAGUUUACACAUGUUGAUGCUAUUCCACAAAGUCAGGAUACCGGGAUACAUCAGUACGCUUUUAUUGAGAAAAAGGAAAAACCAGUUCCGGAAGCAUCUGUAGUGGCGAAUCAAUCUGCCUCAGGCGAUUUGUUGCGGUUUGAAUGAGGCAACGGCAUGAAUAAGAAAUAAAAGGACUGGAGAAAAUUUGUACGCCCAUCCUGUUUAAAGUGAACUCUCUGCUCCCAGCUAAAGCAAUUUGGGAGUACCGAAUUUCGGCUAAAGGUUGAGCAGAAUGCAGGAACAGAGGAAGCAGAGGACGAACAUUAGAAAGCUCGAGCUUUUUCAACAGUUGUACCCGGAUUGUUUUUUUGCUUGCUUGAGCCCAGGCUCUGGUCGGUCGGACGAUUUGGAAGAGAGACUGAAAAAGCUACCAGACAUCGGCUCUGAGAAAAUUCCCCUUCUAUUGGCCGGUGAGCGCGUGCAGUCGGUUCCGACCCAGGCCACACAGGAUCUGCACUUAUUAAAAUCGCCUAGUAGACCUUUGCAAACUCGGCUGGCGCUACUAUCCACAGAAACUGCCAGAGCAUAUCCCGCUGCGACUGGAACUAAUCAAACCUCCGUAAGUGCUGAGACAGAGGGAGGAUUUUUGAAGCGCUUCAUCAAAACAAUGGGCUGGCUGGACAACUCUAAAGUCCGUCUGCGGAUGUCGAGCUGCUAUCUGUACGAAUCGGUAGCCGAUUGCGUUAACUACAACGAAUUCUUCACGUACUUCAAUAUGCCUAAUUCCUUCAGCACCUGGUUCCUGAUAACCGAGCUGCAUGUGUGGAUGCUGCUGGUACGUGCCAUGGCCGAAGGACCGGAGAAGGAUGCUGCUGGUCGGUUCAUGCGUAACUGCAUAGUAGAAACAAUGUGGAAUGAUGUGACAACCCGGGUGAAGCAGCUAGCGGCUGAUAACCCGUCGGCUGUACGGCCACAAAUUCAACUUCUUUCAGAGCAAUUUCAGGCCACGCUAAUGGCUUACGACGAGGGCAUCAGCAGCGAUGACAAGGUGCUGUCGGGUGCCCUGUGGCGGAGGUUCUUCUCCAGUAGAUGCGAAGACUACGAGCAUCUGGAGCUACUAGUUAAGUACGUGAGGAGACAGAUGGAAAUGCUGGAUAAGACAGACCGUUACAAUUUUGCAAUCAAACCAACAGUGAAGUGGCUGCCGUUGAUUGAAAAACCCGGAUUGUAGAGGCUGUAAAUAUAAACGCUGGAGUGAAA